AUGGGAUACAGCUGGUUAAGAAAAAUUUGGUAUCUUUGUGAUGGUUAUUAUAUUGGUGGUCAAUGUGCAAUAAUUAUGUUCGGCGCAACAUCACGUAUUUCAUAUAAAAAUGUACCUAAUUGGUAUAAAGAUUUAAUACAUGUAUGUGAAAAUAUUUCUAUUGUACUUUGUAGAAAUAAAGUCGAUGUUAAGGCUCGUAAAGUUAAAGCUAAAACGAUUGUAUUUCAUCGUCAAUAUUGUAUGCAAUAUUACGAUAUUAGUGGGCGAUCAAAUUAUAAUUUUGAAAAACCAUUUUUAUCGUUAUCAUGUAAAUUAGCUGGUGACGCAAAUUUACAGUUUACUGCUAUGCCUGUUCUUGAAGUAUAUUUCUUUCAUUUAGCUCAUUAA